AUGACGCGCCUAUCCUUCGUCCAGGUGAGCGACGGGGCUAAGCUCCACGUCAAAGUCCUUGGUGACAAUGAUGCAACCAAGCCUCUGUUAAUAGUCUUACAUGGCGCACCUGGCUUGUCCGAUCAUAGAGAGCCGGCCUCGUCUUUCGGGUUCCUGGCAUCUGACUUCCGAGUUCUAGUCUAUGAUGCGAGAGGCAGCGGCAACAGCGACUUGAAGCCACCAUACACUGAUGAACGAUGGGUGACAGAUGUGGACGAAUUGAGGGCCUGGUCGGGCGCAGAGAGAUUCGUUCUGGCUGGGGGCUCCUACGGAGGUUUUGUCGCCUUGCAGUAUGCCAUAGCACAUCCCGAUCGUCUACUGGCCCUCAUUCUGAGAGAUACAUGGGCAUAUGGCCUCCGUGGAACUUUCAACUUCAUCAAAACUGUGCUUACCAGCGAUCGCAUCAAGCCGGAUGCGGAUCGACAAGUCCGACUCCAUAGCGGCAACAUUCGGGACAACGAGGACUUUGCUGCUUCCUUUGCGGAAAUUGUUGACAUCUACACACCGAAAGACGAUUCCGCGAUUGUAGAUUCACGAGAGGCUAUCUUUGAGGGCAACAUUGCCGACGAGUAUAACCUGCAUUACGAGACGCAUAAUUUCGCCUUUUCUCACAACCUUCCUCGUUUUGAUGUGCGAUCACAAUUGCAGGACAUCACUGCGCCAACGCUCAUUGCGACUGGAAGACAUGAUGUCGUUGUUCCCUUCGAAUAUGGGGAAGAAAUCAGCAAAGGCAUCCCAAUCAGCGACCUCGUCAUCUUUGAGAAGUCCGGGCAUAGUCCGCCAACUGACGAGCCAGAAGCUUUCCGUGAGACAGUCUCACGUUUUCUUUCGAGAUGGCUCAAGUGA